CUCAAACUUCCGAACAAUCGAGUAUACCAUGUUGAGCCUUAAAUCAAUUCUUUUUGAUGCUGAAGAGAAGCAAGAACAAGAACAGAAUCAUGAUCUACGUAACUGGCUUAAGGAGCUUCAAAACAUCUUUUACCAAAUUGAGGACUCCAUGGAUGAAUUCAAAUGGGAUUUCUUUGAACAAGGGGGCACUGGAAAAAAGGUACAAGCCCCUUUCUUGUGCUCUGAUCCAAUUUCUGCACAUAAAUCUAAACUGAUUCGUAAAAUGAAGAGACUAUGCAAUCAUUUGAAUACACUUGCAGCCAGAAUGUAUGAAUUUCAUCUCACUGAAAAGCACCCAGAUUCCAUAGGAAGAAUGAAGACAGCACACUCCUUCCUUAGCACUACUGAAGUUUCAGUAAGACACAUGAAACCAAGUUGGCAAUUGCAGUACACAUUAGUUGAUGCUCCAACGGAUUAUCAUGACAAUCGGUACGCUGACCUUCUGCAAACUUUCAAAUCUAGUCAUGGAUUCUUCCUCAUAGUUGGGGAAGCAGGUAUAGGUAAGAGCACACUUGCCAAAUUCCUUUACCAUCAUAAAGUAGUAGUUGAACAGUAUCUUUCAAGAUUCUGGGUUUGUGUGAAAGAAGGUUUUGAUACACAGAGAUUGAUCGAAGAGGUAUAUAGUGUUGUAGCCUGUAAAGAAAUUUGUAAUGACUUGUCUAAGAAACAAUUGCAUUUAAAGGUUCGACAACUUCUGAAGGGUACAUCUUUUUUGCUCGUCAUUCAAGACCUUUCGACCACAAACUUAGACGAUUCAUCCGCAUUGAUGGAACUAUUGGACAUGGGAAACGAGGACAGCAAAAUCUUAGUGACCACUCAAAGUGAGGAGACCGCAGAUGCUCUAGGAGUAAGAAUAGUCUAUGCGUUUGAGAAACAAUCGAUGCAGAAUUCGAACGAUAAGAAUCAGGAAGUUCCAACAGGCUUCAAACUGGAGAGGCUGUCAGAGGAUAAAUCAGCUAAGUUAUUCAAAAGAUAUGCUUUCAGAGAUAGACAAGAAGUAAACAGAGAAGUAUUCACUGAAAUAGAAAACCAAAUUCUGCAGAAAUGCAAGGGAGUUCCAUUGGCAAUAAAGUGUAUGGGAAGCUUGCUAUCUUCAAAAAUUAGAAUAGCUGAGUGGAAGAAUAUCAAGGACAAGUUGUGGGCACAAGAGGAAGAAAAUGACGGUAUUUUACAUAUACUCAGAUUAUGCUAUAAUCAAAUGCCCUCACACCUGAAGCCCUGUUUUCUUCAUUGUGCUCAAUUACCAGACCGCAUAUUAUCUUCAAAUGACGUGAUUCAGUUAUGGAUGGCACAUGGGCUCCUCCAUUCACCUGAAGAGAAUCACGCAUCUAUGAAAAAUAUAGGUGAGAGGUAUUUCAUGGAGCUAUGGUCAAGAUGUUUCGUUCAAGAAAUUGAAGAACAUGGCCUCGGCUACUGGUUUAAACUGCACCCUCUUAUCCAAAAACUUGCACACGUACUCGCACAAGAACAAUCUGAGGGCUUAGUAGGUACCAAACCAGUCACUCAAAUAAAAUCCCUAGCCUUCCAUGUAAGAGAUAUGGUGCCACCUAAUGCAUCCCUACCUGGAAUGUGCAUUCCGAAGUACAACAGCUUAAGAUUGUUACAUUUAGGCAAUGCAAACAUAGAGGAAAUUCCAAAUGCUAUAGGAACACUUACAAGCCUGAGAUACCUCGACUUGCAUGGAAAUAAGAACAUCAAGCGGCUGCCGAAUUCAAUCUGCAAUCUACAAAGUCUGCAAACCUUGAUUCUUGAAUCUUGUUCCGAACUUCAAGAAUUGCCAAAUGAUAUAAGGAAUUUGAUCAGCCUGAAAUACUUGUGGAUAACAACAAAAGAGCUUCGUUUGCACAAAAACGGAGUUGGAACCAUGACUUCUCUGCAAUUUCUCGCCAUUGGAGGGUGCAAAAACCUACAAAUUCUAUUCGAACGGCCAGAGUGCCUUGCAGACCUUGAAACCUUAAUGAUUUACAAUUGCGAUACUUUGAAAUCGUUGCCAAAUGAGAUGAUAUAUCUAAAAUCACUACAGAAUUUGGUUAUCUGGGGCUGCAAGCAACUAACACUCACCUUAGAGAACGCCGAAUUUAGGCUUCAGAGAUUCACAAUCAGAGAGCUUCCAAAAGUGGAGGAAUUACCUGAAUGGCUUGACGGAUCGAUCGGAACUUUGAGAAACCUGCAGAUCAUCAAUUGCCCCAUAACCAUCAAUGUAGGGAGGUUACAAGCGUUUAAAGGUGUUGAAACGGCCAAAAUUUUAGGAUCUGUAAAAGUCAAAGAGGCGGCGCCGGGUUAUGGCUUCCAAUAUAGGAAUACGGUGAUACGUGGUUCGAGCGGGAGUGGCAGCAGAAAAUAUUUCUAA